GGGCGCGGCGGGGAGAGCCGGGCGCGCGAGCGGAGCCUGCUGCUCACCUGCAGCCGCGCCGCUUACCUGCCGCGGAGCGGGCGUUCAGCGCCCUCCCGGCCCGCUCCCGAGCCCGGCCGCCGCCCCUUCCCACCGCGGGCACCGGCGCCGACAUGCGACACGAGUAGCCCGCGCGCUUCGGAAGCACCGGAGGAGACCCCCUCGGCCUGGGCGCGCCAAGAGGACAGGGGUUAAAAUGAAUGAAGACCUGAAGGUCAAUUUAAGCGGGCUGCCUCGGGAUUAUUUAGAUGCCGCUGCUGCGGAGAACAUCUCGGCUGCUGUCUCCUCCCGGGUUCCUGUCGUAGAGCCAGAGCCUGAGCUCGUAGUCAACCCCUGGGACAUUGUCUUGUGUACCUCAGGAACCCUCAUCUCCUGUGAAAAUGCCAUUGUGGUCCUUAUCAUCUUCCACAACCCCAGCCUGCGAGCGCCCAUGUUCCUGCUGAUAGGCAGCCUGGCUCUUGCAGACCUGCUGGCCGGCAUUGGACUCAUCAUCAAUUUUGUUUUUGCCUACUUGCUUCAGUCAGAAGCCACCAAGCUGGUCACGAUCGGCCUCAUUGUCGCCUCUUUCUCUGCCUCUGUCUGCAGCUUGCUGGCUAUCACUGUUGACCGCUACCUCUCACUAUACUACGCUCUGACGUACCAUUCGGAGAGGACGGUCACGUUUACCUAUGUCAUGCUCAUCAUGCUCUGGGGGACCUCCAUCUGCCUGGGGCUGCUGCCCGUCAUGGGCUGGAACUGCCUCCGAGACGAGUCCACCUGCAGCGUGGUCAGACCGCUCACCAAGAACAACGCGGCCAUCCUAUCGGUGUCCUUCCUCUUCAUGUUCGCGCUCAUGCUUCAGCUCUACAUCCAGAUCUGUAAGAUUGUGAUGAGGCACGCCCAUCAGAUAGCCCUGCAGCACCACUUCCUGGCCACGUCGCACUACGUGACCACCCGGAAAGGGGUCUCCACCCUGGCUAUCAUCCUGGGGACCUUUGCUGCUUGCUGGAUGCCUUUCACCCUCUAUUCCUUGAUAGCAGAUUACACCUACCCCUCCAUCUACACCUACGCCACCCUCCUGCCCGCCACCUACAAUUCCAUCAUCAACCCUGUCAUAUAUGCUUUCAGAAACCAAGAGAUCCAGAAAGCGCUCUGUCUCAUUUGCUGCGGCUGCAUCCCAUCCAGUCUCGCCCAAAGAGCGCGCUCGCCCAGCGAUGUGUAGCACGCUUGCACCCAGAGGACUCUGCAUUUACCAAGCACUUCCACUGCCUGGCCAAGGCUUGAGCUGUUUCCCUUGGAUUCCUUGCACUGGAUUCCCUGUCAAGCCACAGGAGCACUUAGCAUUGGUGAAGCAAUGACAUCGUUUAGAUGAGUUAGUGAUGGAAGUGAAAAUAACGUUACCAGUGUUUUCACCAUCAAAAAAAAUUGUCGAGCUCUUCACGCAAUCUUCUUUUGUUUUGCUUGGGGACAGGGCUUUCCUUUUAUAUUUUGUUUAAAGGGCUGAUUGGGGGUAGGAAAGGAAGGAAGGGAUAUGAUAUGGCCACAAUGUUAUAAGAAGUAAAUGAGUUUCGGAGUUUUUGCCUGGACUUUAAGAUAAAUCUGAGUGAUUGAGGAAAAUUGAGAAAGAGUUACUUUUUUCCAGACCGUUCUUUUUUUACCUGAUGGUAGAUUUUUUAAUGUUGCAUGUAUGUAACAGAAUACAACCCCUUUCAAUCCAAUACAAAUAUUUUACAUAAUUGUGUCUGGAAGGGACCUGAUUUUGCUAACAUGAACUCAGUAAUGUCACUGGCAUUGAAACCAUGAACCCAUUGUUAUUCAUUGUUUCUUUCCUUUUGGCAGUUACUGUUCACAAGAAUUCCUUUGGUAUUUCUAUAAAUGUUGCAGCUCCUUCUGCAUGGUUGACUGUGUUAGCUAGGCCACUAGUUUCAAAUGUUGCCAUGUAAAUCUAGAUUCCAAGAGGUCAUUUUUCAAUAUAGUUUUUCAAUAUGUACUUUCUAAAAUGAAUCCUGAAAUAGGUUUUGGUUUUCAUAUGAAGUGGGAUUCAUUAGAUCCACAUUGUUGUUUCUUAAGCUAUUGUCUGAUUGUUUUCAGAAAACAAAAGGAAAAAAUAUUAAUAAUAGCUAUUAAAAGUAGAUUAAAUUUAUUUUAAUAUAUUCUGAAAAAAUAAACUAAUGUGACAUUAUCAUGAAACAAGAAAGCCUCACCUUUCCUCUAAGAAUAUAUUGAUAGUUAUUCUUGAUUGAGACAAAAAGAAUAAAUAUCAUAGACCAAGUUUUUCUGGUUUCAUACUGUCUGUGGUACAUAAUGCAUUUGAAACAGGCAGUCCCCUAUUUUAAUGAUUAGAUUUGUUUGUGAUUGCACAGUGUCCAUCUAUGACUGUGAUAUAUACCAGCUAUAUCCUAUAAGGUCCUAAACAGAAUGACCAUCAGCUGUUGAUGAAAAGUUAAGUUUGAAAUCUUUUAACUUCUUUUCACCAAAAACCAAUUUAUACAAAAGAAAAGUCAUAUUGCCUGUUUUCAGAGAGCAAGAAUGUGAUCAGGAAAUUGCAAAGAAGAAUUCACUUUAAACACAUUGUAAAAAUCAAUGUGUCUCAGUUUUCAUUUUUGUUCAUGCAGACAAAUGUAGACACAAAUACCUUCCCUCCAUUUGCAAUGGAUUUAUAGUUAUGUCUACAUAAUCAGUGGAAAAAAUUCUUGGCAGCACAUCAACUUAGCCCAUUCAGAUGGCAGCAAAAGCAGUAUUUCAGGGUCAUUGGGGAAUCAUUUGUAAUAAGUUAACCUUAUUGGUUUGUCCCAGAUGUGAUGCCUAGGGUGGUCUCGGGACCACUCUGGGAGACUGCAUGCUGAUGCCUUCUCUCCAGAGCCUCUUCUAAUGUCGCACAUGUGUGAAUAAAUCCUCUACUUGAAUCUGUGUCUCCUCCCUGAGGUUACUUAUGGAAGCAGGAGAGGGACUGAAAUACUUAAGAAGUGGGAAAGAAUUUUCAAUACAUAUCACUGUAUGAUCAAUGUAAUAAAACUGAUGCCUUUAAAA